CGCGGGCGUCGUCGUCGUCGUCGUCGUCGCGAAGACGAUGGCGAUCAACCCCGCGUCGAUCGUCAUGGCGCCCAUGAUCGCCUUGGCCGGCGGCGACGGCGCGCGACGACUCGUUCGGAACGCGACGCAGAACCAGGGCCGCCCUCGAAAGAUGAAGAUCUUCUUCGCCGUGAUCCCCGUCCCGGAGCAAUUCUACGCCCGCUACAAAGACCUCGAGCUCAUCAACACGCGACGGAUCAUCGGGAUCGCGACCGCGGUCUUAUACGCCGCGGUCGUGAUCUCCUUCGCGGUCGGCCUGUGGUUCUACUAUAACAUCGAGGUGAAUCACACGCUCGUCUCCGCGCAUGAGUGGUCCAAACCAGGAUACGACUGCAAGCCGCUGUCCCCAGACGAGCACUACGGAAACACGUACACCUACGAGGAGUGCCAGGCCAACUAUCGCCCGGUCUCCGAGGAGUCGAUCGACUUUACGAAGCGUGCGGUCGCCAGGAGGUUCGCGAACGCGUGGAAGGGCGAUGAUUCGCUAAUCGUGGUCGGGGACGGAUACGGAAGCGUUUCCUACAACCCGUUCGCGACGCAAAACAACGAAGGCUUACAGGCGAAGUACCUCUCGUGGCAAUGGUCGUCCGAGGGGUCUCAUGACGCCGACCCGUUCAUCCAAGACAAUCGCGGCGGGUGGACCGACGACGACGCCGUGAACUCCGCGGCGAACCUCGCGACGGGGAAGUACAUCCACCUCAUAGACGGCGAUCACUUCGUCGGCAUUUGCGCGCCUUCCGGCGGGUCAUUCUAUCUGGAUGCCUUAACCGUGCAAGCGAUGACCGGGGGCAUAGAUUGCACGACGGACACCUUGGACGCCGCGUACAAAGCGACCUGGGUCGCCAUGUUCGAGAAGGUCAUGGAGACGUACGGCGACGUGUGUCACUACACGUACGAGAACAGGCCGUACCUGUGCACGAAGACCGAGAGGCACCAUUGGCUCACGAUCAUCGCGCUCGCGAAUAAUAUUAGUGCGUUGCUGUACACCUUCCUCGCGAUCGCGCUCAUCAAGAUCCUGAUGGGGAAGCGGACGGACCGCGGGGAGACGAAAAGCUGGGUGAAACGGUUGCCGUUACCCCCCGAGCUGUACAACGAGCGGUACGACCUCACGUUAGUGACGGGGGACCAAACCGCUAGCGUCCUCACGACGGUGAUUUUCGUCGUCACCGCGGGGUCAUUUCUGUUCUUCUUCUACUUUUACAGUGCAGUAAACGAGGUCAACUAUACCCAAGUUCUCACGCGCGAGUACGAGAUCAAAGACGAGUUAAAAGACUUCGAAUGCUUUCCGACGGAUUCGCACAAUGGUUUCAUGACGUCGCACUCGUACGAUGAGUGCGUGGAGGAUCUCAAGCAGAGGCCCCCGAGCGCGUCCACCGUCGCGUUCCAGACUAAUGAUGGGUAUAGCGAAGACGCCAGCAAGACUCGAGUGUAUAGCUCCAUGUGGAUGCCGUUCACGGAAAUGGAGAAUGAUGCUUAUAUCACCGAAAGCAAUCCGUGGAACACUUUGGAGCUGAUUCCCGGGUCGUAUCUCGAAGACAUGACCGAGCCCACCGAGAUCGCGGCGAACACUUUGCUGAGCUUCGGCGUCAAAGCGUGGACGGCGAGCGGGACGACGCAGAAGUGGUUCUCGCGCCAAGCCGGGUUUCCCGCGAACGUGUACAUAUCUCGGUCGACCGCGUGGUCGGACGAUUCGAAAGCCGCAGCGAUCGCCGCAUGGGUGAAGAUCGCGGAUCACAUCGGGGAUAAACUGUGCGACUACACGAAGGAACAAGGGCCGUACCAAUGCCAUGAGAAUUGGUACGGCCUCGACGUGAAUAACCUCCUGAAUUCGCUCGCGCUCGCGUUCGGUCUCGCGCAGUUAAUCUACGCCAUCCAGAGCUACCUCGCGGUGAUUUUCAUCGCGGAACGGAACCGCAUGAGCACGCAACCGAUUCGUUCGUUGAAACCAGAGCGCACGUGGUUGUCGCGCAUCCCCGUGCCCGAGAAAUUUUACGAGCUCAACGCGCUCGAUUUAAUCUCCAAACCGAGUAUCGUCCUCGCGGCGUUCAUGGGCAUGGUAGUCGUUGGCGCGCUCGCGUUUUACUUCACGUACGUCAUCUACGACGCGCAGCGGUUCACGGAGAUGACGAUCGUGGACGGGUACGAGCUCGACGGGUACACGUGCAAGCCGACGGCGACGGCGCGGUACGGCUCGCAGACGGCGGGGCUUCCGCCGUGGACGUACGCGGAGUGCGUCGCGAAACUCGAAGCGCCGACGGUCGAGAAUUCCGGUCUGAACGACCUCUCGCAAUUGGUUUCGGGGGCGGGGACGUUCAACAACUAUCCCGACGACGGGUGCGCCCGCGGGGCUUGUGCGACGACGACGUACAAUGCUAACACGUACAGCACGCCGUUCGACCAACCCGUGCGGUUCGCGCCGUGGGGGAAAGCCCUCCCCGGAUUCGACUGGUACCGAGGGUGCACGAGCGACUGCGAGCCGUCGUGCCAGUGGACGAGCACCGUCGGCGACGUGCGGUACGACUGGGGGCAGGCGUACAACUGCAAGCACGGGGUCAAGACGUGGGACGCGCCCUACGCGUCCUUCGACGCGUACUUCUCCGCGAAGAUGACCGCGUGGAAGUCGUCGUUCGACGGCUCCGGUCUGACGUUAGAGAACGACCCUCGAUUCGGCAUCUACGUCAAGUACGCGAACGCGGCCCCGGCCGCGAAAAAAGAGUCGGAGGUUGUCGCGCAGUUCACGACCAUUUACCAGACGCUCGGGGAAGAGGGUUUGUGCGCGUGGACCAACGACAUCACGCCGCAGGCGUGCGAGAAGGAGACGAAGAACGACGUGCUGACGGUGCUGUCGCUCGCGUUCGCGAACGCGGAGCUCGCGGCGAUGACGUGGAUCACGUUGAUUCCGAUCUUCAUCAUCAGUUGUUGCGGGCGGAAGAGCACGUAUCGCGAGCGCGUCGAGGUCGAGGCGCCGCCGAAGCCGAAGAGCGGACCUAUGAUGUUUCUGGUGCCGACGCCGUCGUCGAAGGAAGAUCUCGAGGCGAGGCAGAGGGCCGAGCGCGAGGCCGCGGAGAGGCACAACGCGGAGAGGAAGGCCGCGGAGGAGGCGGCGAAGUUGGAGAAGAAGGCGUCGAAGAUGGAGCGCGCGGCGUCGAAGAAGGCGUCGAAGAUGGAGCGCGCGGCGUCGAAGAAGAAGUCGAAGGGGGAGGAUCCGAGCAACGCGGUGUAACGUUUUCUAACUCUCGUCCAAUUACUGUACGAGUACGUGUACAACUGUACAUGCAUGUACUCUCGAAAGUACAAAGUACAACG